GGUGAGGUCCUGGGGCAAGUACGGUUUGGAAUUCAACAUGGAGAGUGUUCCAAAAGAGUUAAGAAAUCUUCGAGCUUGCCUACUUUGUUCAUUGGUGAAGACUCUUGAGCAAUUUGAAUAUGAUGGUUGUGAAAAUUGCGAGAAGUUUCUCAGACUAAAGAACAACAAAGAAAACAUUCUAACCUGUACUAGUGCAAACUUUGAUGGAAUAAUAUCACUCAUGACUCCUGAGGACAGCUGGGUGGCCAGGUGGCAAAGAAUUGAUACACAAGCAAGAGGUUGCUAUGCCAUUUCUGUGAGCGGUAAACUACCAAGUCAUGUGGUGCGUGAACUAAAGGCAAGAGGGGUUACUUACAGAUCAAGGGACAGAACAAACCAGUGAAAAAAUCUGGUUAUUAAAGAAGUUCCUAUUGGACUAAUCUACUUGUUCAUGUAAGAUUGCUGUCAUGAAACAACUACUAGACACUCAGUUUCAAGAAUGAAGUCCUCAUUUAUUUUGACAUGUUGACAGCAAUUUCACCCUAGCUUGCAUGUGCACAUGUAUUAAGAUGCUGUUAGAAAAGCCUUUUGCUAGGAAAUUGCUCAAACAAAAGGUACUAAUAUCAACGUCAUACCGCAUCUGCCUUCACAUGUUGGCUAAUGCUUACACAUUUGUGAAAACCAGUCUGACAUGUGAAGUUAAAAUUUAUGUACUUUUUUUAAGGUGGAAUGGAUGUGUAGAAUGUAAUUUAAUUGGCAGAAAAACAUUUCAGUAAAUUCAUUGUAAGUUUCAUUUUUGUUAGCAAAAAAGCUCCCAUUCUCUAUUGAAAGUCAUCAAUAAAAAUGAUUAGCCUUUGAA